CUGGUGCUGAGGUUCAGGAAUUGUCAAACUUGGUGCGUUUCCUGUCACUUCAAAGGUCAUGUAAGCAUGGCCCAGCGAGUAGGCACUAGGCAGGUUAAGUAGUAAUUCAAACUGUAGUUAUUACGAAUUGGGUCAUUCUGGAUAGUCUGAUAUACCCGAAGGAUCUAUUGUUUUGACAGGAUGGACGUUUGGCUUUAUUAGUGGAAGCUUAUGAUUUCAGCCAAAGUACAAAGUGGGUUAUCUUGUGAUGGUUUGGAAGUUUGUGGACUGCGUAGCAUCAUCCCAAGGAGAAAGGAAAUAUCAUAAUUUGAGGGGAAGUUGGGAGUUUCUGUAAGCAGAGAAGAACCAGAUGGAGGAGGAGAAACAGAGUCGUCGUCAUCAUCAUUUCGUGCUGGUCCAUGGAGCUUGCCAUGGAGCUUGGUGUUGGUACAAGGUUGUUCCUUUACUGAAACAAGCUGGCUAUAAAGUGACCGCUCUCGACUUGGCCGCUUCUGGGAUCCAUCCAAAGCAGGUUACCGAGCUGGGUUUGGUCUCGGACUACCUCGCGCCGCUGAUGGAGUUGAUGGCUUCCUUAACAGGAGAAGAAGAGAAGGUGAUCUUAGUUGGACAUAGUAUGGGUGGUGUUGGGAUAUCUGUAGCAAUGGAAAAAUUUGCAGAGAAAGUAGCUGUUGCAGUUUAUGUAGCGGCUAUUAUGCCAGCUUCUCACCCCGGUGUCGGCUACUCUUUUCCAAAAGAAGAGUGUCUCAAGCGAAUGGAUUUCAUGGAUAGCCACUUCUCAUUCCACAAUGGUCCUGAAAAUCCUCCGACCAGCAUGCUGUUUGGACCAAAGCUGAUGUCAACUAAAUUGUACCAGCUCUCCCCACCUGAGGAUUUAACACUGGGAAUGAUGCUAAUAAGGCCCUCCCCUCUCUUCAACGAUGAGGAAACAGAAGCUGAAAUAGCCCUGACAAGCGAGAAAUUUGGAUUGGUUCCUCGAGUUUACGUCGUUUGUGAAGCAGACGAAAUUUACAAGCCGGAUCUGCAGAGGUGGAUGAUCGAGAACAACCCAACUGACGAUGUCAAGCCCAUAUCUUCAGCUGAUCACAUGGCUAUGUUCUCAAAACCACAAGAGCUCUGCACUUACCUUUUGGAGCUUGCCAGCAAGUAUGCCUCUUGGCUUUCCCCUCCCAUGGAGCCAACAUAGCUAAUGCUGUGAAUGACAUAUUUGGUCUUCUUAGAUUUUACUAUUGAAGCGGAAUCUCCCUCAAGUGACUCUUCGCUUCCUUGCUCAUCAACCCAAUCCUUCAGUAGUUUGGCACAGGCAGCAUCGUAGUUCCUGCGAGCCUCUUCUACUUCCCGCUCAACUUGCUCUUCAGCUUCCUGAAUCUUUCUGCGAAGCUCGGCUAUCUUCGGCUCGUACGCUGCAGCAAUACUCCUUUCGUGACCGUUAAAGUCGCGGAGCUGGUGGUUAAAUGCAGCCACCAGGGCUGCUCUCUGUCUCUGCUCGUCCCCUGUUUCCGCCAUUUCCUGCUCUGUUUAUUUUGUGCUGUGACCAAGCUGUCUCGAGAAAUGAGAGCUUAUAUACAGGAGAGUAGUGGGAUGCGAGAGGUUUCCUCGCGUGCUGAUGUUUACGGUUCCCAGGGUUUGGCGAAGCAGGGAAUCAAUCAAAUAUCAGUUAAUUAAUCCGUUGCUCUGUGUCUGGUGAAGCGGCGGCAGAGGAGAGCAGAGCUCCUUUUUCUCCUUCCAAAACAAGACGAGAAGUUAUUGGGGAAGAGACUGGCCAAUCUCUAUCAGCAAAGAGAACAUGUUGGUCUUUUAAAUGCUCGUCUUGGGGAGAUAAUGCGGUGCAUAACUCUUUCUGUUAUUAAUUAGGAUUUCCAAUUUCUUUGAGUUAUGAUUGUAGAAAUGAAAAUUUUGAUAGACAGACGAGAUUGAGAUGCAAACAAAUUAGGGCUCGCGAUUUGGUCCGGAUUGUUUGGUUUUAUCCGAAAUCGGAUCGUAUAAUCCGGACUGGGACAGGAUUGGGAUUGGAUAGUAAACAAUCCAAUCUCAUAUUCGGGUUUAGAUUUGAGGUAAAAAACCGGAUAAGAGACCCCCAAUACUUAAAAUCAAGAUCAAAUUGGGAC